ACGGCGGCCAUCUUGGAACACUCCUUGGUCAAGCAGGAUCGUGGGAGCUGUGAGGUCAUUAAGGACAUCUUAUUACAGAGAGAGAAUUUCAACAUGAAACCAAGGCUUGGGAUGACAACGGAAAUGGUUAUGCUAUCUGAUAUAGAGUCAGAAGACCUCCUGUACAUGAAUCCUCGGAAAGGGACGUACAUCACCUGCAGUUAUGACUACCUCCCAGCUUCCACGGGCAUGACAGUCACAACUGAUAACAACAUUUAUAUGCUGGAAAAUGAGGGGGAGGAUUACGAUAAUUUGGCAAUUUUUAAGUACAACCAUGCAGAGAAUAUGUGGGGGCAUGAUGGUAUGUCCGCAGUAUCUGAAUUCCCAAAUGAAGGCGCAGGAUUCCUUGUUGAAGUUGAUCGGAUUUUAUAUUACGUUUCUACUGAUCGCGGAGAAGACAUUGGAUUGGUACGGAUAAGAAAGUACAAUCGGCACGCGGACCAGUGGCAGGAGUGUUCACAGCUGCAACUUGACAUAGCAGUCGAUGAAAGCUUGGCGUUAUCCUGUGGUACACACCUCUAUUUUAUCAUGAGGUCAGUAAUGCAUUGCUACGACCCAAGCCAGAACUGUUGGUGCGAUUGCACCCCACCCAAUCUUACAGCUCGUUUCUCACAUUUCACAGCUGUUGCCAUAGGAACAGAGAUCUUCUGCACAGCUUUUCAAUUCACUCAGACUAUGGUGUACGACACACAGUCAGACUGCUGGCAGAAACUGCAAGGCUGGACAAACCCAGAAGCCCUUAGUGUCAGUCAUCUUCCCAGUCUUUUCGUACUGGAGAACCAGCUGCACAUAUUGUUGAAGGUCUAUGGCAAACACGGAACGUGCAACUAUCUGGUAUAUGUGUACGACAGGUCUGCUGAUGCCUGGAGAGACUUAAAGGCCACCCUGCCUAAUAAGGAGUAUUAUGCACCAGCUCCCAUGUGCCCUGUGGCACGUAUAUACGUACCAUAUCUUAAAGGGGCGCAAAAACACAUCACUUCUUACGCUUUUCAGGUUAAUUUGCAGGAUAAAAAUGCAUAGAAUACAGAGCAGUGCAGUCUUUUUCAUGACAUAAGGAUACCCAGACUACAGGACAGGGCUGUUUAAUGACAUUUUGUUUAGAUCUUGGGUUUUACUGAAUGCUGUACAUAGUGCAAUAGGUUUACUAGAUACUUUUGUACAAAUUUAACAGAGAAAAAUCCUUUUUUUUCUUAUAGAACUACUGAACUAAUGCUCCGUGUUUUAAUAUCUAACUUAAGUUUGUAUUAUUUUUACUUGAAUAGAAGACGUUUCACAAACUUCAAUCCUGUUAAAAUACCUGCUGCUGAAGAAGUUCUUUUAUGAAGUCUUUAUGACUUUAUCAUCAUCUUUUAUUCGUUUUCUAUUGAUUAAGCAAGUAAACCAAAAUUUAGCAUGUUUGUUGGUUUAAGGUUCAUACUUAUGUAAGAUACCCAAUUUUACAAUAAACCCAUUAUUAACUUC